AGACUACAAGUAAGCAAAAUCACGUGGAAAGUAAACCAUCAGGAUAAAGCAAAUUCGAUUAAGAAAACAAUUUUAGGAAGAGAAAUAAUGUGAAAGGAGUCGGUGUUGCAGCGAGCCUUUGCCUCCGCCUCUUCUUUUUUGGGAGGGAGGUAGUAAAUAUAACACGAAUAAGAAGAAUCAAGACCCUCAUUUUGAAGGAUCCUCUUAUUUUCCAUCCAGAUCCUGCAAAUUUUUAAUCUUUGCCGUUCUUUUUUUCGAACGACCUGAGCUUUGAUUCAGCCGGACUUCUCAAGCUAAUCUUUCUGCUAUUAAAGUUCUGCAAAGGCUAUCAGUUAGGUUAGGUUAGGUUUUGAUAUAUUGAAGAUUCAAGGUUUUUAGGGGUUUGCAGGCGCAUAACUUAUGCGAUUAAUAUAAGGGAAGAAAACCAAGGGAGGAAAGGGUUUUUGGCUGGGAACGGUGGAAAAAUUUGAUGUCACUGUGAAUUGCAUGGGGAAAGGAUGCCAGAGUUGCGUAGUGGAGUUCGCCAACCUCGACUGAAAUCGAAACAGGUUCAGAAUUUGGUAAAUUUGCCGGAAACCAAUAUUGAUCAGGCCUUAGCAGAGCAGCUUCCUAAUAGAGCGACCAGGCGAGCUGCAGGAAGAGGAAGGGGUUCGAAUGUGCCUGCUGUAAAAGUUGCUGAAGCGAAGCCUGCUGCUGGUGGUGGAAGACAGAGGAUUGCUGGUAGGGGCAGAGGUGUUAGAUCUACUAAACUAGAGGCACCAGUUGAAGUUUUACCUCUGGCUGUCCAAGCAAGAGCUGAACCUGAUUUGAACUUAAUAGCAAGAGAAGCCGUUGCAGCUAAGAACCAAGGUAUGGAUGAGAAGAGUGGCGAUAAAUUACUGGGAGGGGAGGAGGAAGGAAGCACCACACCACUUCCAGAGAGGGUUCAGGUAGGAAAUUCCCCAAUCUACAAGAUUGAAAGGAAGUUGGGAAAAGGUGGGUUUGGUCAGGUAUAUGUUGGCCGAAGGGUAAGUGGUGGUACAGAACGCACAGGCCCAGAUGCUGUAGAGGUUGCUUUGAAGUUUGAGCAUCGCACUAGUAAGGGUUGUAAUUAUGGCCCCCCUUAUGAGUGGCAAGUUUACAAUACUCUAAAUGGCAGUUAUGGAUUGCCUUGGGUACACUACAAAGGGCGUCAGGGUGACUAUUACAUUCUGGUUAUGGACAUGUUAGGACCAAGCCUUUGGGAUGUAUGGAAUUCAUCCGGGCAAGCGAUGUCCACUGAGAUGGUUGCAUGCAUUGCUGUGGAGGCAAUAUCAAUACUUGAGAAACUUCAUUCUAGAGGUUUUGUUCAUGGAGAUGUGAAGCCUGAAAAUUUCUUACUUGGACAACCUGCAACUUCUGAUGAGAAAAAGCUCUUCCUUGUAGAUCUUGGAUUAGCCUCAAAGUGGAAGGAUUCAUCAUCUGGUCUACAUGUUGAAUAUGAUCAGCGUCCGGAUGUCUUUAGAGGUACUGUAAGAUAUGCAAGUGUACAUGCACAUUUGGGGAGAACAGGAAGUAGAAGAGAUGACCUUGAGUCAUUGGCAUAUACUUUGAUAUUUCUUCUCCGUGGCAGGUUGCCUUGGCAAGGUUACCAGGGUGAUAACAAGGGAUUUCUUGUUUGUAAAAAGAAGAUGGCAACUUCUCCUGAAAUGCUUUGCUGCUUCUGUCCAGUUCCUUUCCGACAAUUUCUUGAGGCUGUGACAAAUAUGAAAUUUGAUGAAGAGCCAAAUUAUUUGAAGCUUAUUUCUCUUUUUGAAGGCAUUCUUGGACCAAAUGUAUCUACAAGACCAAUUAAUACAGAUGGAGCUCAAAAGGCUGGCCAGAAGCGUGCAAGAAUGCUGAUUGAUAUUGAUGAUGAUGAACAACCCAAGAAGAGGGUUCGGUUUGGAGCUCCGGCAACACAGUGGAUAUCUGUUUAUAAUGCCCGACGACCUAUGAAACAAAGAUAUCACUAUAAUGUUGCUGACACCCGACUUCACCAGCAUGUUGAGAAAGGAAAUGAAGAUGGAUUGUACAUUAGUUGUGUGGCUUCUUGUACAAACCUGUGGGCACUGAUUAUGGAUGCGGGGACAGGGUUCAAUUCUCAAGUUUAUGAUCUUUCUGCUGUUUUCUUACACAAGGAAUGGAUUAUGGAGCAGUGGGAAAAAAAUUACUAUAUUAGUGCCAUUGCUGGUGCAACAAAUGGCAGUUCGUUGGUUGUCAUGUCCAAAGGAACACCCUAUACACAGCAGUCAUAUAAGGUCAGCGAUUCGUUUCCAUUCAAGUGGAUCAAUAAGAAGUGGAGAGAGGGUUUUUAUGUAACAUCUAUGACAACUGCUGCUACUCGCUGGGGUGUGGUUAUGUCUCGGAAUGCAGGGUUUUCGGAUCAGGUUGUUGAACUCGAUUUCCUCUAUCCAAGUGAAGGUAUUCACAGGCGAUGGGAGAAUGGUUAUAGAAUAACUGCUACUGCUGCAACUUCGGAUCAAGCUGCUUUCAUCCUGAGUGUUCCAAAGAGGAAACUGACAGAUGAAACUCAAGAAACCCUUCGGACUUCAGCUUUUCCCAGUACACAUGUUAAGGAGAAAUGGGCCAAGAAUCUUUAUAUUGCUUCAGUAUGUUAUGGGCGCACAGUAUCAUGAACUUGUCUCCUCGUAUGUGUGCUAUCCGUGAUCAGUAAAACUAUACACUGAUUAUUCAGAGUAUAUGGCAUUGGCAUAUGAUGUGGUUUACUGUACAUGGUGCUGAUAAAAUGUAUUUGAAGUGGCCAAAUGAUAACCUAUUCUAUGCAAUAGCCUCCAGGUUUUAUGGCUGAUAUUAUUUCAUUAUGAAUUGGUGCUCUAUUCAGAUAACUUCUUGUUAGAUGGUGCUGCAAUUCUUGAUAUUGAUUACAGGAAUCAAUACAUGUAGUUUGAAAGAAUGCUCCAGUGCCUGUAGCCUACUUGGCUGGUUAUUUUGUUGACUUUCAUUUGAAUACCAUUCUUUGUUUACAGUGUUCAAAUGGCAGUAUGAUAGCAUAUCUGCUGAAUUUCCUGACAGUUCAGCCUUACUGAAUUUUGUUUUUUGAAAAAAAUUUGCAAUCUAGUUUAUGUACAGUUGCAUCUGUUUUCUUAUGUUA